AAACAAAUAACAAGCAACAUUUGUUGAAGCAUUGUUGUUGUUGUUAUUAAGCCCUAAGAUGACCACAAUGCCCGUGGUCUGGUGCACCGACCCGAACUCGGUGAACAAUAAACCCACAGCGUUCGCCUUGCAUGGAAUUCAGCUGCAAGGCAAAGUAACUGAGAAGCAAGUGAAUGCGCUGCGGGAGCUGGUGAAUGCGGCGGCAGAGGGGCGGCUUAUCUUGCCAUCGGAUGGCACAUUUAUGCUGCUGGACAGCGGACUAAGCAUCGAGAGCAGCAUCGUGGCAGAUAAGACAGCAAACGCUAAAGAAAGCAGCAACAGCAGCCAGGAGACAGCCAAGAAUACUUACAUACUAAUGCCAGUGAGCAAUAAGAAUGAAGUAACGACGCCACGAAGUCAGCAACAAUGCACGCCAGCAGCCAUUGCAGCGGCAGCAGCACAAUUGGAAUUUCUGCUGGAGCCAAAAUAUUCCACAACGCCCACAAGUCAGAGAAGCGGAAGCGGCAGCAGCAAAUGCAGCGCAGAAUUUGCCAAUGAUGGUGAAAUUUUAUAUGAAUUUUUGUGCUGCGCCAAGUGCAUGAAUGAGCAGCAGCAGCAGCAGCAUGAUGUUGCUGGCGGGCACAACGGCACUUGUGGUGAGCGUCGCCUGCAGCGUUAUCUUAGCCAGAGCAAAGAGUUCAUUGAACCGCUGCAACAAUUGGAGGAUACAGUCAGCAGCAUUGGCAACAAGUAUGCCAGGCGUGGCAAUUGGCAUAUAGCGCGUAAUCGCAACAGCAGCAAUCGUCAGCAGCAGCAGCAACAGCAGCAGCCACACAAUAAAUUAGCCAUGCAGAGUGUAAAGAUCUUUCAUAAUCGUAGCAGCGUUUAUACGACGACGCUCAAUGGCGCGUGCACAACUACGAAUGCGCAUGCGAGUGUGGGUGUGACAGCAGCAACCGCUCCAGCGACAGCAGCAGCAGCAGCAGCUAGCGACAACAGUUUGUCGUUGACAGCGUCGGUGUCAACAACGUCGCAGUCGCCGCUCUAUGCGAUUGUGUGCAAAAACCGUGACGCAAACGUUAACAAGACUGAGCAAACAACAACAACAACAACAAAUAAUAAUAACAACAGCAGCAACAACAUGUUAGCUGCUGUGCCUGAGGAGCCGCCAGCAACAACAGUGCAGGAUUUAAUCAGUUUCGAUGAUGUCGCUUUAGCUGCUGCUCCCAUUGCAGCUGAGCCCAGCUGUGAUUUGCUUUGUGCGCCCAACGAGCUGCUCGAAACGCUUGUCACACCGCCGCCCACGCCACCCAAGCCCAGCUCGCCCGGCAGCAAUAGCUCGAGUCGCAAAACAAGCUUCGACUCCACCUGCACCAUCAGUUCCAUGGACUCGGGUUUUAUGGAAAUGCAGCAUAAGCUGGAUGCGCUCGCAGCAGCAGCAGCAGCUGCCUCCACAGGCGAAAAGAUUGCGCGACGCAACUACAAAGAAUGUUUAACACAAUCGCGCAAUCGUCGCAAAUCCUAUGAAGAGUUUAAAGCCAUGUUUGCUGACCAGCAGCAGCAGCAGCAACAACAGCAGCAACAGCAGGCGGAAACACGUCUAAUGCGGCGACGCAGUGGCAUGUUGCAGGAGCAGCAGUCGCCAGAGCCCAGCAGCGAGCCAGCAGCAGCAGCAGCAAUGUCAGAUGACGCAACAACAACAACAACAGCAACAACUGCGUUGACAAUGCUCGCCUCAAUAUCAGAACAAGAAACCACAAGCGCUGCUAAACCGGAUUGCGCAAACGAGUUUGCAGCAGCAGCAACAACAGCAACUACAGUGGAUGAAAUGGAUACCGGCGACGAUCUAACAGCAGCAGCAGCAGCAGCAACAACAACGCAAGCAAUUGGCAAUGCCGCCACCACAGCAGCAAUGCGCAAGAAUUCGGAUUUUCUAUCGCAAAUACUUGAUCAACAAUUGGCGGCCAAGGAAUCGCGUGCUAAGGCGCACAAGCGACGCACCUCAUACGAAGAGUUUAAGCGUCUGGUGCGCGAAAUCGAAUGCCCGCUGGAAUGUGACACAGACACACCCGCAACGCCAGCAGCAGCAGCAGCAGCAACGCCAGCAACAUCGCCGCUUAAGCGUCAGAACUCGCGACAGCGCAAAUCGUUUGCCUCCUAUUUUCUGCCCCGACGCGACAGCAACAAAAAGACUGAACCAGCAACAGUUGCAGCAGCAGCAGCCGAGCCUAGCGAGCAACAGUUGCAGGCAUAUGCCAAGCUGAAUCAACGCAGCAACAGUUGCAGCUCCAACUAUAAGCGCAACUUUAAAAUCUACGACAAGCUCGUCUAUGGCACCAUCUACGAUAUAAUACAACGCAAGCAGGAUAUAUAUCAGCUGACGUAUCAAAAGUACGACAAGUACAUGACCUAUGGCACCAUCUACGAGAUAUUGCAUCGCAAGACCAGCCCCACGACAACAGCAACACACUCGCUCACUGGCGGCAACACUGAGCGCUGGCAGCGCAAAAGUCUCAGCGCCAUAUUGGAGCAUAAAUCAAACGAUGUGAUUUACGAUAUUAUACAGAAGCGCGUUAAGGAACGACAAAAGCAAGAACAGCAGCAACAUGAACAGCAGCAGCAGCAGCAACAACAACAGGAUGCAACAAAUUUGGGCACUCAUGUCACGCACAAAUAUGGCACGAUUUAUGAUAUACUACAAGGAGAGAAAUUGGAUGCCAGCGAGCAGGCAACAGCAGCAACCACUGCUGCAACAGCAGCAACUAGCAACCACAAACCAGUUGCUGCUGCUGUUACAACGCGUUUUGUGGUUAGCCAAGUGCAUGAGCACACGCCAGCAACAGCUGCAACUGUUGCUGCUGCUGCCAGCACGCCAGCAACUGUUGCUGAUGCAAGCAAAUGCAGCAAAAUGCGACGCUUGUCAAAUAUGCUAAGCUAUAGCAAAGCCUGCCAGGAAGCCAGCGCCACCGACAGUGGCGAUGAUGCAAAUGUUGCUGCUGCAGAUGAGCAACCCGCAGCAACACAGCAAAAGAAACGCAGUCAGGCUAAGCGCCGCAUUGGUGUAACCAAUUUGCUGCUGCCGCUGGACUCUGAGGAGCUUUAUACGCGCAUUAUAGCGCAGCAGCGACGCGACAACAGCAGCAACAAGCACAACAGCAACACUGAUGCUGCUGCUCAUAUGCUGCUAUGCAAAUCGAAUUCGCUUGAUGCUAUUUCCAUGUCUGUGGCUAUAUCGCCGCCUGCCACGCCCUCGCCGCCGCGUCCACGUCGCAGUCUCAAGCAGCACAAGUGCCAGCCACAGCAAUUGCAGCCGCCGCUGCAUAAGAAACACUCGCUGGAUAACUGUGCAGCGCCCAAGCAGCCGCUGCGUCGUUGGUCUAAUCAAACAAUACUCAAAUGUACUUGCCACAUGCUUGAGGAAGCCGCUGCCAGUCGCCGUGCCAGCCAAACUGCUUGCCCCGCCCUCGCUGCGCAUACGUGCGCUAAUUUAAUGCCCGAGUCUAACAGCAAAACAGCAGCAGCAGCAGCAACAACCAAUGCAACGACAACAACUACAACAACAACAGCAAUGGCAAUCAAGAAAGGCAAAUCGCGUCGACUUUCGGAAUUUACGCGUGGUGAAUUUUUAAAUGAAAAAUCCUGGUACUUCCGCAAAAUCAAACGCAUUGAGGCUGAGAAAAAACUGUUACUGCCAGAGAAUGAGCACGGUGCAUUUUUAAUACGUGAUUCCGAGAGUCGUCACAACGAUUACUCUCUAUCAGUGCGCGAUGGUGAUACAGUUAAGCACUAUCGCAUUAGACAAUUGGAUGAGGGUGGCUUCUUCAUUGCCAGACGCACAACAUUCAGAACGCUGCAAGAGCUAGUGGAGCACUAUUCCAAGGACUCUGAUGGCCUCUGCGUUAAUCUUUGCAAACCUUGUGUACAGACAAAUUCAUUUUCGGGUAUUUUUGAGAUUGAGAAACCUGUGACUGAGGGCCUAUCGCAUCGUACACGCGAUCAAUGGGAAAUCGAUAGAACCUCACUGAAGUUUGUGCGCAAACUGGGCUCCGGACAGUUUGGCGAUGUAUGGGAGGGUCUCUGGAACAAUACAACGCCUGUGGCCAUCAAAACGCUUAAGUCAGGCACAAUGGAUCCCAAAGACUUUUUGGCGGAGGCACAAAUCAUGAAGAAACUGCGUCACACCAAGCUCAUACAACUCUAUGCUGUCUGCACUGUUGAGGAGCCCAUUUAUAUUAUCACAGAGCUAAUGAAGCACGGCUCCUUGUUGGAAUACCUGCAAGCUAUUGCAGGCAAGGGACGUAGCCUCAAAAUGCAAACAUUGAUUGAUAUGGCUGCACAAAUAGCCGCUGGCAUGGCCUAUUUGGAGUCACAGAACUACAUUCACAGAGAUUUGGCAGCGCGCAAUGUGCUCGUGGGCGAUGGCAAUGUAGUCAAGAUAGCUGAUUUCGGUUUGGCAAGACUUAUCAAGGAGGAUGAGUAUGAGGCACGUGUGGGUGCGCGUUUCCCCAUUAAAUGGACUGCGCCCGAGGCGGCAAAUUAUAGUAAAUUCUCUAUUAAGUCGGAUGUUUGGAGCUUUGGCAUUUUACUCACCGAACUGGUUACCUAUGGCCGCAUACCAUAUCCAGGCAUGACCAAUGCUGAAGUAUUAACGCAAGUCGAGCAUGGCUAUCGCAUGCCCAUGCCACCAAAUUGUGAGCAGCGUUUGUAUGAAAUAAUGUUAGAGUGCUGGCACAAGGAUCCCAUGCGUAGACCCACAUUUGAGACGCUGCAAUGGAAGCUUGAAGACUUUUACACAUCCGAUCAGAGUGACUAUAAGGAGGCGCAGGCUUACUGAUAAAUGCUGCAUGCGCCCGCCAGCAGCAGCAGCAGCAGCAACAACAUUAACAACUGCAGCAGCAAGCGCCAUAAGCAGCUGGCGGAGCAAAGCAUUUAUCAUAAAACUGAAGCAUGAGCCACCACCCAAUCCCCACCACCAUCCCCCACAACACACGUCACUCCUCCAGCACACCACGGACAAUUCUUAUUUAGUUACUUACGUUUACAAUUUUUUGUGUUUUGCACAGUUUGUUCUUUUCUUAAACAAAUGCAAAAAAUAUGUGUGUGUAAAGCAUAAGAAUUACAUGUUAUUAGUGUUUAAGCUAAGCAGGCAGAUUUACUAGUAUAUAAGUCGCGUCAAUGCAUACAUACAUAUAUAUUCAAAUAUAAAAAUGCAUAAAGUCAACAUUUAUGUAGCGUCUAUAAAAUUUAUCUAUAUAUCAUUUUAGUUCAUAGCAAUUAAACACAAUAUUUAUGAUUUUAGUUAAAACAUUACGUGUCUUAUAUUCAACACACACACACAAACACACUUACAUCUCAAAACAUAAUCAACGACAUAUAUAUGCUUUAUCUUAAAAAAACAAAAAAUCUAUUAAUAUAAAAAGCAACAACAACACACACACAAAU